AUGUAUACGCAGCUGGACUUUUCGCGCUUCUACAGCGUCGAUGUAGCCGAGCAAAAGGAGUUUUGCGACGCGCUGGUGUCCGACCUGCGACAGCAUGGCUUUGCCAGGCUGGUGAACCACGGGAGUCGCAGAUUCUUCGAGCUUCCCGUAGACGACAAGCUCAAGGCGCCCCAUCCCCCGACGGCCAACCCCCAUCGGGGCUACAGCGCCUUUGGGAUUGAGAACGUGUCGGCCGUGUCAAGGUACAACAAAUCUAGCGCGACGCCAUUACUAAAGGAUAUGAAGGAGUCCUACGACAUCGGCUCGCAGCGCGACCCGCUAUACAACAACAUAUGGCCGCCUCGGGGCGUGUGUGACGCCUUCCAGCCCACCUUUGCGUCCUUCUUCGAGGUCUGCUACCGCGCCCAGCUCGCCAUCCUCGAAGCCAUCGCCAUCGGCUUGGGGCUGCCCAGGCAGAGCUUCGCGGAGCUGCACGUCGACCAGACCAACGAGCUGCGCUUGACGCACUACCCGACGGUGGCGCGCGACGAGUUCGCCUCGUCGACCCGCAUAGCCGCCCAUACCGACUUUGGGAGCAUAACGCUGCUGUUUCAGGACAGCGUCGGGGGGUUGCAGGCCGAGUCACCGCCGGGUAGCGGGACCUUUGUUGAUGUGGCCAGCGGAGGACCGCACGAGUGCAUACUCAACGUCGGCGACUGUCUCGGCAAGUGGACAGGACUCCAGAGCGUAUAUCACCGGGUACACCUGCCCGAGGCUCGUACUGGUCCUGGUUGCGAAUGUGCCAUGGUCGACGAGAGGUAUUCCAUUGCAUAUUUUGGGAAACCAGAUAGGUCGGCGAGCCUGCGGCCCAUGACGGGAGAGGCAAAGGAGGGCCCCUACAUGACGGCCGGGGAGUUUCAAAACAUGAGGAUCCAGGGAACAUACUAG